UUCAACACCAGUACUGUUUUGUAUUUGGUGAAGGAAGUACCAUCCUGCAAUCCACUACAGCAAAUAUGAAAGCAGUUUUAAUAGUUGUGCUGCUUUAUCAGAUAAAUCGCAUAGUGUCGAUGAACUGUGAUGUGGAACCAAAGAAUACUGAAGCUGUGCUAAGGAAAAAACUUCUCUGUAAUAAAUAUGACAAAUCGGAACGCCCGGUGAAAAGUCACACCGAUGCUGUCAUCGUUAACCUGCAUAUGGUUUUGCAAAAUUUCAACUUUGUCGAUAGUCUUCAAAAAUUGUAUAUAAAUGUUUGGCUGUUGCUCACAUGGAAGGAUGAAUUUCUGAAUUGGAAUCCAAUGGAGUACGCCGAAAUAAAGGAACUUGUGAUUGAUUCCGAGGAUAUUUGGUUACCUGAUAUGAUGCCAUAUUCGGCGUAUUACAGUAAUAAUUUGGAUGCAUCCUGUACCACCCCAAAGUGUCUUCUAGCCAGCAGUGGACUGGUGAAAUGCGUUCCAGCCUGCGAAUACCACAGCCUGUGCCGUUCGGAUUAUUCCAAUUGGCCGUUCGAUCGACAGAACUGUACGCUACGAUUCGGAAUGUGGGCGGAACAUUCGAACGAGGUGGAUUUCAUAGCGAAUGGAACGUCUCUUGGCUCGGAAGACACCAACAGUCACAACGAAUGGAAUAUCGUAUCCACUGCAGUACAGAAACAUGAAUCACCACUGGCGGAUAGCAGCAACACUUAUCCAUCGGUGAUUUUCAACUACAUCUUGGAGCGGCAUUCCGGAUCGCACUGUGCGAUCAUACUGACACCAGCGUUCAUAAUGGUGGCAAUCAACAUAAUAUCCUUGUGGCUAAACUGCUGCUCCCUGGAAAGAUUGGUUAUGCUUGGAUCCAACGUCAUCAUUCACUUUCUAUUCAUCGAAAACCUGUACUGGCAGGUUCCGUUCAACGGAUCAACUACCCCAUCGUUUCUGACCUUCUUCCGGGAUUCAUUGGUGAUCACUGCUUCUCUCCUAGUAUUGACAGUAUUUAUCAAACACAUUUACCUGAGUGAUUCGGAAGCACCGGUAGCUGUGAGUGGAAUCAUUAACACCCUAACAGGGAACCAACUGGGACAGAAACUGUUUGGAACAAAUCUCGAUCAAGAUAACGCAAGAAUUGGAGCAUUUAACGAGAGUACAGCAGGAGAAAACUCUGCCGAUACUGUUAUUCUAGUUGGCGAAAACCUUCCGGAACCGAAAAAGACCGCCGGCAAAAGCGGAACCUACAAAUCACUUGCUCUUAUGAUAGAUAGGAUUCUUUACAUUGGUAUUACUGUAACAUAUGUUCUAUUUUUAGUAUCUCUGAUUCCGAAAAGAUCGUAGAAUAUUU